AUGCUGCCCUCGCAGGAGGCCUCCAAGCUCUACCAUGAGCACUACAUGCGGAACUCGCGGGCCAUCGGCGUGCUCUGGGCCAUCUUCACCAUCUGCUUCGCCAUCAUCAACGUGGUGGUCUUCAUCCAGCCCUACUGGGUAGGCGACAGUGUGAGCACCCCCAAGCCCGGCUACUUCGGCCUCUUCCACUACUGCGUGGGCAGCGGGCUAGCGGGCCGCGAGCUCACUUGCCGCGGCUCUUUCACCGACUUCAGCACCAUUCCCUCCGGCGCCUUUAAGGCGGCCGCCUUCUUCGUGCUGCUCUCCAUGGUGCUGAUCCUCGGCUGCAUCACCUGCUUUGCGCUUUUCUUCUUCUGCAACACGGCCACGGUCUACAAGAUCUGCGCCUGGAUGCAGCUCUUGGCAGCUCUGUGCCUUGUCCUGGGCUGCAUGAUCUUCCCAGACGGCUGGGACGCCGAGACGAUCCGGGACAUGUGCGGGGCCAAGACUGGGAAGUACUCCUUGGGGGACUGUUCGGUGCGCUGGGCGUACAUCCUGGCCAUCAUUGGCAUCCUCAAUGCCCUCAUCCUCUCCUUCCUCGCCUUUGUGCUGGGCAACCGGCAAACAGACCUGCUGCAGGAGGAGCUCAAGCAGGAGAACAAAGAUUUCGUGAGCACUACAGUAAGCUCUGUGUUGCGGCCAGGGGGUGAUGUCUCUGGAUGGGGGGUCCUUCCAUGUCCUGUCGCUCACUCCCAGGGACCCUGAAGGCCAGGAUCACAGCCCAGGAGUUGACCUGACCUCAGCCUGUCCUGUCUCCUGCCCUCUCGUCCCUCCGAUCAAGCUCCAAGGGAAGACCUGACUCUCACACUGACUUCUCACCUACUAUCUGCCUUGCUUGGAAGAGAGGACGGGGCUGGGAAGGAGCCUGGGGAGGGGAAGCCCCUGCGGGGCCAGGUUCUGGCUCCAUCCUCCUUUGACCCAGGGGAGCCCUGACCCCCACAGUCCCCAGGGCUUUUCCUCUCCCUUCUAACCUGGUCUGGAGGCCCUUGCAGGACUGCCAGGGGAAGGAGGCCACCAUGGCUUCAGGUGUCCAGGCUCCCUCCAUCUGGAGGCUGUUGUCUGGCUAUAUCCUGGCCUCCUCUGGCCCCUGCUUCCCACGGAAAUUUAAUCAAGACACUGCCCUGGGCCCCUUUGGUGGACUGGGCUCUUUCCUACUUUUUUUGCUGACAAUGGUUCCACCACAUGUCACAGUGCCCCAGGUGCCGCCAGCCUUCCCAGGACCUCUACUCUCGCUCGAGCCUGUUCCCAGCUCUCCCAAAGGAGCCUGAGCUGCAGUGAGAGGGAAAGCACGGGCCUCCCUGCAUCUGCUGACUGGGGCCCUGCUCAGCCCAGAGUCUGAGAAGAGACAGACAGGCUCUGGUGGCAGUGGGAGGGGCUGCUCUGACUCCUGUCUUGGUGGUGCCUGACCUCGGAAGCUGGGGUUUUGAAGCUGCUCAGCCUGGGGCUGGCCUUGCCUCCCCUCUGCUGAG